AUGAAUCGGUGGUCGUUCCUAGCUAGGCCAGUGCUACAGUCAUCGUCAAGAUCACAUAUAUCGUACAGACAACUUGCCAUUUCUCGAAUCAGCCAUGCUUCGAAUCCAUUUGGAAAGCUCACAUCGCUCAAACAGAAAGACACCACUGCAGCCACCACCACCCAGACACAGACACAGACAAAAGCAGUAGAGGGGGGAGAAGAUACCAUAGUCAAGAACGAGGACGGAGAAGUCGACAUCAAGUCGAUAACGCCGCGGAACGACGUGCAAUUGCGCGAGUACCACGCAGAGAAAGCAGCCAAGGUCCGCGAAGCCAACUCGCUCGAGUCGAUGAUCCACCCGUUGAAACUUGCGCUUUUCAACAAGGUAGUUGCCGAGCACGGUUUUUUCAAAAACGACCAGAUUGUGCAACACGAGGGACGAGCAUUGCGAUUCCAUUUGACACCGGAGGAGAUUGAAGUUUUGGAGCCGUCGAUUUUCCUCCACUCUUACCGGAUCAAGUCGUCGAUGAAGAAGGCCACUGUCGUCAACCGAUUUGUGCGCGGGAUGGAGCUCAAGACCGCCAUCACGCAGCUCCAUUUCAACCCCAAGAAAAUGGCUACUGAGUUGGAGAAGUUGUUGAAGAAUGGCUUGGAGCAAGCACGCCAGCAAGAGUAUGAUGUCGAUCGCGUUUAUAUUGCGCGGUUGUGGACUGGUAGUGACGGAGACUGGAAAAAGAGAGCUGAUAUCAAGGGAAGAGGCAGAUGUGGGAUCAUCCAGCAUCGUUAUGUCCACUUGAAGUGCGUGUUAAAGACUCAACAGACCAAGUUGCGGAUUGCUUGGGAAAAAGCCGAGAAGGAAAAAGCCCGCAAACCUAAGAUGUAUUUGAAUAAUGAGCCGUUGAACAUCAAGGUGAGAGGCUGGUAUAAAUGGUAA